AUGGAUACGACCCUCUCAACAUACACUCCGUUGGAGGUUCCUCUUCCGCCAUGCCCGAAUCUCAGCUUCUUCUCCGAUGCGCAGUGGACCACUCUCUUCGCCCUCUGUGACGCCGUGGUGCCAUCAAUUCGUACUGCGGCCACCGUCAAGUCAUCAACCGACAAAGUCAUCUCGAUCGGCGAAUGGGAUGCCGCUCUCUCCAAAUUGACCUCUCUAAUCCCGGGUCCAGAUGCGGCACACAUUGCAACUCGUUAUCUGGAGGAAGAUGCCUCCUCUAAUCCCGUCUUCCGUUCCUACGUGGAGAGAAUCUUCGGGGACUACGUGCAUGAGGAGGGUAAGGCUGGGUUCGGACUGGUUAUGAAUGCACUCAACACUCGGGCCGGGUCACUGAUCUUGACCGGUUCGACCACACCCAUUCACCAACAACCCAUUGCUUUCCGCGAAAAGGUGUUCAAGGGCUGGGACACGUCUCGGUUGCCCCCGCUUCGCGCCGUCUAUCGCGGUUUGACUGCUAUUGUGAAGAAAUCAUGGGUAAUGGCCAGUCCGACCAUUAACGAUGUACUUGGGUUUCCCCGCGUCCCCGUCCACGGGAACCCCGUGGAUUCAUUCCCCUUUGAGUUUCUGCAAUUCCCACCCAGCGAGGAGCCCGAGAUCAUGGAGACGGAUGUGGUCAUUGUGGGAAGUGGCUGUGGUGGUGCCGUGACCGCAAAAAACCUGGCGGAGGCCGGUCUUCGUGUGCUCGUGGUGGAGAAAUCCUAUUCCUACAGUAGUAGAUCCUUCCCCAUGAAGCCUAACGACGGAUACAUUAGUUUAUUCGAAAAUGCCGGCGCUACGAUCAGCGAGGAUGGUUCCAUGGCGGUUUUGGCGGGCUCCACAUGGGGUGGCGGUGGCACCGUCAACUGGUCUGCAUCCCUCCAGACUCAAGCGUAUGUUCGUCAGGAAUGGGCCGAUGGCGGUCUGCCAUUCUUUACUUCCCUAGAAUUCCAGCGGAGUCUGGAUCGUGUCUGUGAUCGUAUGGGCGUCAAUACCGAGCAUAUCGAGCACAACCGUGGAAACAGCGUGAUCCUGGAGGGUGCUCGCAAGCUGGGAUAUGCCGCGAAUCCUGUACCCCAGAACACCGGAAAUGCCAGGCAUUACUGCGGAUAUUGCACCCUGGGAUGCGCGUCAUGUGGCAAGAAAGGUCCGACCGAAACGUUCCUCGUAGACGCUGCGAAGGCCGGAGCGAUCUUCGUCGAAGGUUUCCGCGCAGACAAGGUGCUGUUUGAAAAGAAAAACGGUAAACGUGUAGCCAACGGAGUGCAAGGAACGUGGACUUCGAGGGAUUCAUAUCUCGGCCGGAGUGGAAGUGGCGCUGUCCAGCGCAAAGUGAUUGUGAAGGCUAAGAAGGUUGUGGUGUCUGCUGGCACUUUGCAGAGUCCACUGCUGCUGAUGCGCAGUGGUUUGAAAAAUUCUCAGAUCGGGAAAAACCUCCAUCUUCACCCUGUCAUGGGAGCUGGGGCUGUAUUUGACGACGAGGUUCGUCCGUGGGAAGGCGGAGCGUUGACUACAGUAGUCAACGAGUUCGAAGAUCUUGAUGGACAUGGACACGGUGUCAAGGUGGAAGCCGUGGCGAUGAUGCCUUCGGUGUUUAUUCCCGUCUUUCCUUGGCGAGAUGGACUGGAGUACAAGUUGUGGGCGGCCGGGAUGAGGCGUACCACCAGCUUCAUCACCUUGACGAAGGACCGCGACACCGGCCGUGUUUUCCCCGACCCAAUUGACGGACGCGUCCGGAUCGACUACACAGUCUCCGCAUUUGACCGCCGUCAUAUCGUGGAAGGGUUGAUUGCCUGUGCCAAAAUUGCGUACAUCUCGGGUGCUAAGGAAUUCCACACCACCUACCGUGACAUUGCUCCGUUUAUUCGGCCCAAUGAGUCGAAACUGGAGAAUCCAGAAGGUACCAACGACGCUGCACUGCAGAGCUGGAUCGCGGAAUUGCGCCGAAAGUCACCUCUGAAUCCGGAGCGAGCAUUAUUUGCCAGUGCUCAUCAAAUGGGUACGUGCCGGAUGGGCAAGUCUCCCAAGUCGAGCGUCGUGGACCCUGAUUGUCAGGUCUGGGAUACCGACGGUUUUCGCAACAUCGCGAGAGCGUUGGGCAAGCCCAAAAGUGAGCGAAAUGGGAUGGCUCGUCUCUAA